AUGGACCUAGCUCAAACUACCCAAAAGCCAGGGGAAAAUGCUAAUGACUUCAUAAUGAGAUGGAGGAGCCUCAAUCUUCAGUGCCCGGAGAAAAUUACCGAGCAAUCAGCAGUACAAAUGUGCUACAACAACCUCAUACCAGACAUUGCAACUUUUGUUGCCACUGCUGAACCCCAGUCAUUUGAUGCUUUGGUGUCAAAGGCGAGCAAUGUUGAAAGACAAAUCGCUCGCCAAAAGUCCGCGUCUCAAAAAAAUCAAUUUGGGGAGAAGAAGAAUGACAAGAAGUCUGCAAAGGGAGAGUCAUUGGCCACUUUUGUCAAAACAGAAAAGAAGAAUGACAAAGGCCAAAACAAAGACCCACCCAAAAGGCUCACUCUUAAAGAGCGCAAAGAGCCGGAAAGAUAUGUGGCCAUGAAACAGGGAUUAAGUGGAACAGAAUUGACUGGGCGGUAG